AUGUUACCCCCAUGGGUCUCGGUGACCGCGUCCGUCGGUAUGGCUGUCGGUCCACCGCUGGUCUAUGCUGAUCAGGCCGUGUCUAUCGUGAGGAAAAAGCAUGCCUCUCUACGGGACUCUACAGGGUUCUCUCGUGAUGUGUGCGCCAUUUUGUUGCUUGCCAAUAUUACCCGAUGUUUCUUUUGGUUGGGGACACGUUUCGAAUUUGCCCUGCUGGUUCAAUCAAUCCUUAUGAUUCUUGCGCAGCUGGCGCUGUUGUACAUUUGCAUCCGAUAUCAGCCGCGUCCCGACACGCGUGGACAGUCCAGUCGACCAUUUGCCUUUUGGCAUUGGCCGUCGUAUGUUCAGUACAUUGAAUUUCUGGCAGGCUUUAUUCUCAUCUCAGCCAUAGCGUAUUUAAUUUUCGGACGGGCGGACGUUUAUAUUUCGAUUAUAGGGUUCGUUGCUCUGGGGAUGGAAAGCAUGUUACCCAUCCCGCAGCUUAUUAGCAACUACAAGCAGAAGUCACUGUAUGGCUUCCGUGCUUCUACUUUGAUCGGAUGGGUGGGCGGGGAUUCCUUCAAGUACCGACAUAUACGUCAUAGGUCCCUGACAAAUUUCACAAUUACGAAGGACUGCGUACUUCUUCUCAUCGUCAUGCAACGUCUGUACUAUGGCAAUGCACCCCCACAAGCCACUCUCCUAGAACAAGAGGAUCUGGAAGAGGCGUUAGCACUGGCAGAAGAGUAG